UGAAGACGAAAGUGUUUCUGAUGAUUUACUUAUUUCUGAAACUUUUGAAGAUUAUUCUCUGCUGAAAUAUGAACCAUAUCAAGAUGAAGAAGAGGAAGUAACAAUCAAUGAUCAAUUUUCAUAG